AUGAGCCAAGAGAAUAAUGAACUCUUCCCAUCGAGACAGUAUGCUAAACCAGAUGUCAAGCUUGUCCUCCUUGGUGACUCUGCCGUAGGUAAGACAAAACUUGUUGAACGUUUCCUUCUUAAGGAUUAUAACCCAAUUACAAACUCAACAUUCGCUCUUACAUUAUAUGAACACACAGAAAACCUAAGUGGCAAGGAUGUUCAAGUUACUAUUUGGGAUACAGCCGGUCAGGGUUGUUUCGAUGCACUUCACCCAUCCUUCUUCUAUGGUGCUGACGCAGCCAUUCUUGUCUUUGAUGCAACAAGAAAGGAAACAUAUCAGCACCUUGAAGAAUGGCAUGCUCAGCUUAUUAGCCAGCGUGGUCAAAUCCCUAUUAUUGUUGUUGUUAACAAGCAAGAUCUUAAUCCAAACAUCACACGCACCCAAUUCAAGUGGGUUAAAGAACAUAACUAUCCAAUUUACUAUACAUCCGCUGCUAAAGGUACAAACGUCUUCCGCGUCUUCCAGGAAGCUAUUAAACUCGGUUGGACACAUAAGAACAAUCCAGAUGAUGUUAUGGGCGUUAUUGUUGGUCUCCUUGCUAAGCAAGCUGAAGAAAAUCCGGAAUAA